AUGCUUGUUAUAUUGUCUAUUUUCAUUGCCGUUUUAUUACUGUUCCACUUUAAAUUAAAAUAUUUUACUCUUUAUGGCCCAUUAUCUGGUUUAUCGCCUCAAUUUCUUUUCGGAAAUUUACUUCAAACUGGUGUAAUUCAUGGUACAUCACUUCCCCAAGUAUAUCUAUCGCUCAGGCAGCGUUUUGGUGAUAUUUUUCAAUUCUGGCUAGGUCCAUGGCGUGUUGUCGUUGUAAGUGGACUCAAUGAUGUUCAACACAUUUUUAACAACCGAAAUGUCUAUGAACAAGGUGAUAUAUAUAUUCAACAAUCGUCUGUCUUGAAUCCUAAUGGACUCAUCGGCCUGAAAGAUAACAAAUUCAAACGACAUGCUUCAAUUAUUGCACCCGUUUUGCGUCAUAGUAAGGUUACUGACCACUUAGAAACAAUUCUUGAUUGUACAGAUAAAUUAUUAAAUAUUUGGCGCAAUAGUCCUAGUGAAUACGUGCAUGUCAACAUUGUUCAACAAACUCAAGAUCUUCUUUUAGCCAUUUUUGGAUUGAUCGGUUUUAAUUAUGAUUUAGAGACACUUGAUAGUGAUAUUAGUGCACAGAAAAAUGAAUUUGUUCAAGCAUUUCGUGAAUUGUUAAAACCAUUUGACAUUGCUUUGUAUUUACCAAGUACUCUCUUAGCUAUUUAUUCGAAGAUUCAUCCUCGAAUUCGACGAUUAAAAGCAACUCUUCACCGAAAUCUUUUUGAAAUAAUGAAGAACGAAUUAAAUGAGAGUUCAGAAUCAAUAUCGCGACGAAAGAGAACAUGCUUGGUUGCUUCACUUGUUGCAUCAUUGCAAACAGACGAAGAAUUAGAAGCCACUAAAACUGAAAAAGAGAAAAAAGGUAUAAAAUAUUAA